UAACAAACACCGAGAUGGGUCCAACCUCAUUCUAACCUACUCAUAUUAUUUGCAAGAUCGGCUUCUUCCUUAUCUUAUGACAAUACUGUAGAAAAAGAUAGAAAAAGAAACUUGAAAACCAAGAUGGAAAUGAAUGAAAAUAGUUAUGGGAUGAUGGAUCUGCACUAUGCCAUGGUGAUGUUAGGUGGAGGUGGAGGUGGUAAUGGUGGUGGUAUUAAUCCAUUUGGAUCUGAUUCUACAAUGGGUAUGGGGUCAGCAACCUCGGGUCUUAGCGGCGACAGCGGCAGCGGUGGUGUGGGUGGUGGUAGUGGUGGUUUGGAUAUGGAGGUUGGUGGAAGAUGGUCAAAGGAAGAAACCCUAGCACUUCUUGACAUCAGAGCAAAGCUUGAUUCUAAGUUCAAAGCAGCUAAUCACAAGGGCCAUUUGUGGGAUGAAGUUUCCAUGAUAAUGUGUGGGGAGCAUGGGUAUAAAAGAAGUGGGAAGAAAUGCAGUGAGAAGUUUGAGAAUUUGUACAAGUAUUACAAGAAGAUUAAAGAAGGGAAAGCUGGAAGACAAGACAAGAAACAUUACCGGUUCUUUCACCAAUUAGAAGCUAUAUGCGGUGAAACAAGCGCUAAUGCUAACGCGAAUUCAGUCGCGAAUACAACAUCCCCUCCAUUUCUAGAAGAUGGUUAUCAUCCAAAAAUGGAGGGGACGUUGGCAAAGAAGCGCUGGAAGGCGAAGAUAACGGACUUUAUCGAAACAAAAAUGAACACAAUUAUGGAGAAACAAGACAAAUGGAUGGAGAAGAUGAUGAAUACAAUAGAAGAAAAAGAAAAGGAGAGGAUUUCAAAAGAGAAACAAUGGAGGAAAGAAGAGGCUGCAAGGUUAGAGAGAGAGAAAACAUUUCGAUUACACGAGCGCGCAAGGAUGAUGUCUCGAGAGGCGGCUUUAAUGGAAGCUUUGCACAAGUUAACCAAGAACGAAUCCACAAUUGACGCGUCUUGUAGUAAGCAUUGUAAUGAUCAAGACCAAAUUGUCACAGGUUGGGGAGAAAAUGAGACUGCACAACUAAUAGAACUAAGAAAUAGCAUGGAAACAAGAUUUGAGAAAGGAGGGUGUAUGGAAGAUGUUCUUUGGGAAGAAAUUGCUAUAACAAUGGCUUCUUUGGGUUACAACAGGAGUGCAUUAAUCUGCAAGGCUAAGUGGGAUCACAUUAAUUUUCUGUGGAGAAACAAGAAACAAAAAGGGUGCUCAAACUCUUCUUAUGAUCACCAUGAUCCCAACUUUCAUCAGGUAGGUGAAAGAUUUGUUACAUUCAAUGAUCAACAGAUCAGGGAUGGUGGGAAUAGGGUUUUCAUGAGUGACCCUCAUGAGAUGAUGUGGAAUUACUAUGGAAAGACUAAAGAAAAUAUUUGAUGGUUUUCUUGAUUAUUUAAAGAAGAUAUCAUAGCAUCUGCAUGAAAAUUACUGACUAAAAAGAGAUGUUAGUGUGGUAAUAACCUACAACAUAUUGUUAUUUGGUUUGAAAUUAAAUGAUGAUAUUGUUAUUGUUUGAUUA